CUUUGAACAAGUCAGCAAAGCAGUAAUGCAUCUCUUCCUCGGACUCCCCCUGGCCCUGUGCGCCUUGAGCCUCGUAAGCCCUGCACCCAUACAGGAGCCGUGGAAGGACAUGCAGGAUACAGAGUUUCAGGAGGCGGUGGAAAGCGGGCACAGCUUGACCAGAAAGAUACUGGACGACAUCAAUAAACUGCACAAGUCAUGGGUCCACACGAGCUUUUCUCUAGACGAAAAAGUCUCAUCCAAACUGGAGUACUUGAAGAAGAUCCUCGAUUUGCCUGCGGCACCUGCUAUUAAACCCCUCUCGGACAGUUUCACACUGAGUGCUUGUUUGAGUCAGAUAGCCAAGGGUCUAAAGUUGCACCAAACCCUGCUGACGGUGGUCAGUAAGUUAUCGCACACCAAGUCUGAGAUGGUGGAUGGACUUCUGUGCGACAUCCGAGAUCUUCUAUUACAAGUCCGCAAGAUGCAGGAUCUGAAGAACUUGCCGAGCGACCAGGAGACCCAGGCAGUAUCAGAGAGCCAGCUGCAGGAAACCUUGGCUCCCAAAAUAAGUGACGAACAUAUUUCACAUGUGGCAGCACACCUGACCCUUCACCAGCUGCGAGAGUUCGGCAAGGACGUCAGACGCACCUUCCGGAGCAUGACCGUGCCUUCCGACUUGGACAACUAGACCACACUUGGAGCUUUUUAGGAGCUGAAGAAGAAAGUCUGAAGGAUAUUCUGGAGAUACACAACAUUAUUUACCAUUAGCAACCCGCUUUUGUAUUGUUUACUUAACGUCUUCACAUACAGUCACCUUGAAAGAAACACUGUAUUUUUCUAUUUGUUGUGAUGUUUACUGAGUGAAAUGCAUGACCCGUUUCAUAAGAUCUGUGUCAAAGGAAAGCACAGUGACCUCACAGUCAUUUGAUCACCACUCCGAUCUCCGGGGGAAGGAACUCAUUUUUGUGGCUUGUCAUGUGAGGAUGUUGAUGAAGUUGGUAAUGUUGUCUUUGACCUCCAGACAGCUCAGCCGCCCAUGCGCUGCCCAUUUUAGCAUCUGGUUAAGCCCUAUUUAAUCUGAAUCAGGUGCACAACUGAAUAAGUUUGUUUAUUUAAAUGUAUUGGACAU